AUGCGCGGUUGGUCCAUCAGGCCAAGUCCUUCUGGCACGGCCAUUUUGCCAAGUGAAUUUGGACCGAAUGCACGUGUCACCUCGUCUCAACUUGCUACAGCUUGA